CAUCCCCCACCGGAAACAUCCGAGAACAACCGAUUGCUACCGCUAUCGUGACCAAGGACUGGCAUACUUUGUAAGGCGCAUUUUCAGUGUUGAUGGUGUAGAGUGUUGACCCUUGUAAAUUCUGAUUCUGGAGACACGGGAACAAGCGACAUCUUCUCCCCUCGCCGCAUUGGCGUGCUUGGGAAUACGGCUACGGUGGAUGACGUCACGUGCCCUAACAUCAACAAAGUUAGCCGUGAGAGACCACCAUCUUUUACACGUACAUUUAAUGCAAUCGCGUUUUUGCAAAACUAGAAAAAAUGUUUAAUCAUCGAAGCAAAGAUUGAAAGGACAGAUCCUUGGCCAUCGCGUGCCAUAAAGGUGAAUUUCCAGUUUGUUUGCAAGGAAUGUCUAGCGGGAACACUUGGGGACCGCCAUCUUGGACCACAAACAGCUCUAGUGGAAAUUCAUCGGUACAAACUCGCGGCCAAGGCUAUAGUAUGGACAAUCUUGGUCUGGACCCUAGGAAACAGGAAUUGCUCGAACAAAGAUUUCUCGGAGGAAGGUUCCAGCCCUUGACUGUUGGGGUCCCCCAACAUCAUCCGGUAGUAGGUGGCACUAUCCCCCCACAGGCUCAACAGCUUCAUCCCCAGCAUCAUCCACAGCCAACACCACAGCAACAACAGCAGCAACAGGAAAACAGCAACCUCAGUGCUGGCUCAGUAGACAGAGACGAAGAGGCACAGGCUCAUACUCCUGAUAAGUCUCGGACACCAUCAGAGAGGAAACGGAAACGGAAGACAGUAAACGAUGAAGGUGGUGUUCCAAAGAGUGGUCGCUCAGAAGCAAAUGGCAAAAAGAUAAAUGAGUAUUUCAAGCAGAGCCAGUCUCCUAGUCGCAGUAUUAUCCCCCCUUCUGGAGCCAAGUCUCCGUCCCCUCAGGCUGCCACAAGUUACCUGGCUGCGUCCCCCCAGUCUUCAUCAACGUGCAACUCCGACAUCAUCCCAAGCUACCCCGUGAGACCUGUGUACAGCUGCUCCAAGGCCGCAGAGGAGGAUGUGGAUCAGGCGUUACCGAAAAGGACAUCACCUUCUCGGUUCAGCGCCAACGUUUCUAAAAUGCCGAUGCCAAAGAGGCAGAAUCGAUCGCCUAACACCAUUCACAAUGGCACAGACACCCAGACUGACAUGUCUAUGGCCAGCAUCCACUCCCUGGAGUCUCGGUCUGUAACAGAUAUAGAACAGAAAGACACCAAAAUAGAAGACCUAAUACGGCAAAAUGAUGAGCUCAGGAGGCAGUUAACAGCUCAACAAAAACUUUUAGAAAAACACAAAGAAAAUUUGCAGAAAUGUUUGGAGGUCAACAAAUCAUUACUUAUAGAAAAGAGUACAUUAGUCAAAAAAGAGACGAGACAGAAAUGUAUGGAGAACCGACUGAGAUUAGGUCAGUUUGUUACACAGCGUCAGGGUGCCACGUUCGUGGAGAACUGGGUAGACGGCUGGGCUUUCACAGACCUCAUGAAGCGGAUCCGUGAUCCAAGCAAUAAGAAAAGACAACAGGAGAGGAUCGGAACGGACCGGGAAGACAUAGACAAACAGCGCCGGCUACUCAUGAAGAGAAAACCAACAAUGUCAACAGGGAAAAACUCCAAACAACACGAGUUCCUCAAACCAGGGCAAGAGAAACCGUUAACGUUAGCCGAGUUUUAUGAGCAGGAUGAGAUCCUGAAAUUACGACAAGCGACCUUGAAAAAAGAGGAUGCUGACCUUCAGUUGGAGUUGGAGAAGCUGGAGAGGGAACGUAACCUGCAUAUACGAGAACUCAAACGAAUUCACAAUGAAGAUAACUCAAGGUUUAAGGAUCAUCCAACGUUAAACGAGAGAUACCUGUUGCUGUGUAUGCUGGGGAAGGGGGGAUUCAGUGAAGUCCACAAGGGUUUUGAUUUAAAGGAACAGAGAUAUGUAGCAUGUAAAAUUCACCAGUUGAAUCGUGAAUGGAAAGAAGAUAAGAAAGCUAACUAUAUCAAACAUGCUCUUAGGGAGUACAACAUUCACAAGAGCCUAGACCACCCAAGGAUAGUUAGAUUGUAUGAUGUUUUUGAAAUUGACAAUAAUUUAUUUUGUACAGUGUUAGAGUAUUGUGAGGGCAACGACCUUGACUUUUAUUUGAAACAGAACAAGUGCAUUCCAGAGAAGGAGGCUCGCUCUAUCAUCUGUCAGACUGUCAGUGCCCUCCGCCAUCUCAAUGAGAUCAAGCCAGCUGUGAUACAUUAUGACCUUAAACCAGGAAAUAUCCUGUUAGGAAGUGGGUCCGUGAGUGGCGAGAUCAAAAUCACCGAUUUUGGUCUGAGCAAGAUCAUGGACGAUGAAAACUUCUCCCCUGACAUUGGGAUGGAUCUCACGUCUCAAGGGGCAGGAACGUACUGGUACUUGCCCCCCGAAUGUUUUGUGGUGGGAAAAACACCUCCAAAGAUUUCUUCCAAAGUUGAUGUGUGGUCGGUCGGUGUGAUAUUCUACCAGUGUCUCUAUGGUAAAAAGCCAUUUGGCCACAACUUGUCUCAGGCCGCCAUCUUGGAGGAGAAUACAAUUCUCAAAGCUACAGAGGUUGACUUCCCUCCUAAACCGCCCGUCUCGUCAGAAGCUAAGGCAUUUAUCCGGCGCUGUCUUCAGUAUAAGAAAGACUUCCGGCCUGAUGUGCUGAUGCUGGCACAGGACGACUAUCUGAAACCCCCUCAACUCAAAUCCAAACAUCUGGACAACAGUGUGAGUCAGGCACCUGGGAGCAGCAACUCUACACAGGGACCGACCAUCAACCUGAAUCAGUCUCCGUCAUUCUCCUUCGGGGAUAAAUACUCAUAGCUCAACAUGAGGGACCCUCGUGGGCAAAGGCCAAACAAUGUCUGAAGCAUUCGCUCCAGACCAACUUCAUCUGGGUCAAACACGUCAUAGCAUUCAAUCUCCCGUUGUUGCGGAGAUAACCACAUAUGCAAGCUCACUGCAUUGGAAGCCUGUUGCCAUGGUUUUUGUCUUGGUUUCCAUGGCAACCAAUUCCAAGACAUUACUUUCAAGAAAAUAAUGAAUCAUCCUGCCUCGUCAUAUUUCUAAACAAUUCUGCUGUGAAACACCCAGUGAUAAGACAUGCUGAGCAGCAUACAGGAAUGCAUGUGAUUCGGCCCUCAUGCAGGUGCGAAUGGUCGCCAUGGAGAUCCAAGGUGUCGUCAUAGAGACAGAAAGGGUCGUCACGAUUGUCCAAACAGAUGUCAUGAGGCCUAAGUGUGUCAUUGUUGAUAUUCAAGAUGUCAUGAAGGAAGCCUGAAUGGUAGUCAUGGAGAUCGAAGAGGCCCAAAUGGUCAUCAUUAUGCCCCAAAGUGUUGUGGUAAUCCAAAUUGUCGUCAUUAUGCCCAAAGGGUUCCUCUUGUAGGGGUCAGGAUGCAGAUCCAAGGCACCACCAUGGAGUCGCCAUAGAGAUGCAAGAGAUUCAGCCCUGUCUGUCUGUGUCUGCAGGAGGUGAAAUCCUUUGGACUGUGUGGUGUGAGUGACUUGUGUCGGCGCCCUAUCACAUGAUCUAGUGACAUGCCAGCAUUCCCGGAAUCUUUGUGUCUGGAUCCGCAUCGUGUCAUAUGACACAAGUCUUAACUACCAUGAGGAGUCGGAUUUUUAGAGUGUCAUGUGACAAUCUCCAGUUUCACCACAGUGAUCGGAUACCUAAAGUGCCAUACAUCAUGACCUGGUCGACAAGAAAGUUUCGCAACACCCAGGUGUCAUGUCAUGUGUCCAGGUGUUAUUUCAUUGGACCAGGUGUCAUAGGAUGUGUCCAGACAACUUAGAUGUCAGCAGUUGCCAGACACUGGGUGCUCUGAUGAUGAAUAACAUGCAGCAUAUGACACGACGGAGCCUUCUUCGUCAACAGUGGCCAGACACCAGGUGUUCUUCUACGUCAUGUGAUAUGUGCGACUGUGGAAAAUGCUUUCAGUAGUGGAUUAUGGGCGAGUGUGAUGAUUCGACAAGCAGUGCUGAGAACCAAGUGAUAUGUAUAUAUUCAACACGGUCCCAACUCAUGUAGAUAAACUGUGACAUUUACAACCUGUAUCAAGUGGUUCACCCAAAAACUUCUUUCAGUGCACAUUUCCGUGGGUAAUAAACCAAAUUUUCGGGGUAUCUGUCACAUGCUUCACUACCUAUGAUCAGCUUCAUCCAUGUCCUUCAAACCAGCUCAAUGAAAUAGUAGCUUCAAAAUAUAGGUAAAUGAUUGUGCCAAUCCAUUAAUGGAGGGUUUUCAGUAAGAUUCUUCAUCCAUCCUGUGAUUAAGGUGUUUGCUCCACAUUAUGUAGGCCUGGGUUCGGCUCCCCAAAUGGGUUUAAUGAAUGAAGCCCAUAUUCUAUGUCCCCUGCCAUGAUAUUACUUAAAUAUUGCUAAAACAUUUUAUCAAAUCAUUAGACAAAGUGCUAUGUUUAUGUUGCUAGUUCAUAUACUGUUGGUUAUUUAGAGGGAAGUGGGGUAGUGUACUUAUCUCUAGCAUGUAUUUGACAAAUGAAAUCACCAUGAGGUUUUCCUGAUGAAAGUCAUUAACUCACAUGUGUCCUAAUCAGAGGCUGGUAAACUUCCUGGGUUUGAAAACUGUUGAUAUCAUUUGAAAGAUGGUUCAUAUCUGGGAAUGUAUAGUCCUGGUACAGUGGCCUUUAUGAUCAGUUUAUCUCAGCAGAGAUUGUCUGUCAUGAAAUUAUUAUUAUUAUAUGAAUACGACCAUUUCCAUAAAAUAUGAUUAAUUUAGCCACAAAUCUGAUGGAAGUUUUAGUUGUCUUUUGAUAAAGUAAACUUGGCGACUGUUAAGCUGUUAAGAUCUAAUUGAAAGUGUCUUGAGACGAGAUCACGUAAGGACUACGGGAGAAUGGUUCCCCAUUUCAAGCCUAGUUCCAGACAACGCAUAAAUGCCAAAUAUCUGAAUUUGCCCAGAGCCUCGUUUCACAAAGCUAUCCUAGCUCUACGACUGUCGUAAGUCUGUGUUUAUUCCUAACACUGGGGACUCCUGGGAAUAAUAUUGGGGUUCUACAUAUUAUUAUUUAGCUUCAGGUAACAACUGUCAUAAAAUAUGACAAUAGAAAGUAUUUGUGAUGCUUUGUGCUUGUUAUGCAGUGGGGCUUUCUUAUGCAGUAAGACUCUUUGAACAUUGAUUGUAUUUUUUCCCCACAUUGUCAGUACAUGCAUCACAGUUUCAAUCAUUCCAAUAUUCAUGUUGAGUCAUUCUAAAAGUCGCUGUUUCAAGCAGCCAGUAUCACCUUGUUUGCAUGAUUAAUGCAAUAUUUCACUCUGGGGCUGUGGGGUUAAAGCGUCCGCUCGUCACGCCAAAGAUGUGGGUUCAAAUCCCCACAUGAGCACAAUGUGUGAAGCCCAUUUCUGGUGUCCCCCUCCGUGAUAUUGCUGGAAUAUUGCCAAAAGCAGCCUAAAACCAUACUCAUUCACUCAAUAUUUCACAUCGGGUAAAACUUGGCAUGUAUGAAAUGCAGACCUGUUUCUUUGAAGCAGAAAGCAUGGUAUUGAUAAACGUAAAGUUUAAGUUGACAGGCCUACAAAUUGGAAUUUGAUGAUGAAAAUGAGAGAUGUGGAUGAAGUUGGUGCUAGUCUUUAGUGCAGCAUGUGAUGUGAUAUCUGCGACUACCCUCAGUCUCGCUGGUCCUCAGUACAGUACAGUCAGUGUGUCAUCGUUAUUCCAUAUGCUUGUGAUUGUAUAAUAACUGCAAUAACGGGUUUGGGUGGAGAAAACUUGUCUUGAGAAGACAAAAGUUUGAUUUUUACAGAAGUUAUGACAUAACAUGCAAUUGGUUGUUUACACUUCAAAACAGUCCUCAGAGCAAUCAAGCCAUACCAAAGAUAUAUCGUCACUUGUGUUCCUUCCGCAAGUCUCCUACAUUGGCUAUGUUACAUGUUGCAGGAUUUGUUUUUUAUGUUAAGCUUUUGUUGUGCUUGGACCAGUCUCAUUAAAAGCAUUCAUUUCUUUACCUCUACAAUUUGAGGGGCGGUGGCUUAGCCUAGUGGUUCAAGUAUCCGCUCGAAAUUAUGAAGACAAGGGUUCAAUUCCCCUCAUGGAUCUAAUGUGUGAAUUUCUGGAAUAUUGCUGAAAGCAGUGUAAAACCAUACUCAUUCUUCAGUCUGAUUUGCACAUGAACAAACCUAAAUGACAAAGAGAUUCCUUCAGUGGUACUCCAUUUUAGGUGUAGAUGUGCUGUGUGUGAAAUAUCCGUCUUGAGAUUUUCGUGCAGACUUAUUUAUCAAUAUUUGAUCUGUAUUUGGAGCCUGCUCUGUCGAAGUUAAUGACGUAUGUACAUCAGAUAUUCAGGUCUGAAGGCUUCACUGACUCAUGCUGAUUGGUCAGUCACCUAAUGCAACCCCCUCUGGAAGUAUCCAUGUGUCUUCAAGCAGAGAGGUAUUGCAUUGAAGUAAAGAACUGAUUUUAAUGAGAUUGGUGGGCGUUCAAUAAAGCAAGGAGGCAGGUGCUGUAAAGUCUGGCUGUGACUUUAUUCUGACGAUGUUAGGAGUGUUGUGGGAGCUGAAUCAGCAUUAAGAGUUACGUUUCUGAUUGUCGUAAAUACAGGGGUUGUCCAUGUGUCCAUCACUACUUCAGUCCUUGUUUUUGUCACAUGACAACUCAUGAUACACUCCUGACACUACCGACCUGUUCUCUCUCUCCCCCCCCCCCCAUCUGCCUACAUACAUUAUAAUACCAAUCCACCCACUCAACAAGGACCUCAAAGCACUCUCAGAGUUCCAAUACACCAGAUUUUGACUACAAGUUUCAAAGUGGAAUUAGAAUUUUCCAAAUUCUGACACCUGAUACAUGUAUUUUUAUCUUCUGACAGUGAUUUGUAGUGUACUGAUAAUGCACUGGAGAGAAAAAAAGAUAAUGAAUAAAUUUCACACAGAUGCGGUAUGUGUAAAUAUGCAUUGACUUUAGGGAAAUGAGAUUUGGAUACAAUAUGUUUUCUGACCACUAUGCAGAAUUUGCAUCUUUUUUGCCAGUGUUUGAUUGUGGGUUAAAAGUCUGAUUCACUUGAUUUUAUUUAUUUGUUAGCGCAUACCCUUGGUCCCUCUAUACCGCCAUACCGCCAUACCGCCAACUCACUCACUCUCCGUCUAUAAGCUGACAUCUUGUGGUAAAACUGGAAUACUGUUCAAAGAGGUCUUUGAUCUCACUCACUCACUCAAUCACACACUCACUCACUCGCUCUUGACCAACUCAUUUACCUCACCCUGUACCUGGCCCAAGUAUUUUCAUAGGGUUAAUUUUCUUCUUCAGACUGACAAUUUUGAAAAAUUUAAUGUAAAUCGGUUAAAAUUCAUUACCCAAGUUUGGAAAGCUUUGUAUUUCAAAAUGCUUCAUAUAAAGUGUUCAGGCAUGCCAGUUUGACCUGUAACAUGUUCAUGCAUGAAGGGGUGAUGGGGUAGCCUAGUGAUUGAGGCGUUCGCUCGUUAGGCUAAAUACCCCGGAUUCGAUUCCCCACAUGGACACAUUGUGUGAAGCCCAUUUCUGGUGUCCAGUGUUGUGAUAUGGCUGGAAUAUUGCUAAAAGUGGCGUCAAACCAUACUCACUCACUCACUCACUCAUGCAAAAAGACAUAGACACCAACCCCAACCCCCUGAAAUUCUACAAACCUGCAGAAUUCCAAGAUCAUACCACUAAAUCACACCUCGGCUAUUACAAACAACAAAUAAAACUAAAAAUGGCCCCGCCCAUUUCUGGGCUUCCCACAUGGAGAAUGCAUGACAAUCAUUGUAUCUAUUUAUUAUCAGAAUUAUUGGUGGGUUAUCUCCCAUUGAAGACAGCUCAAGAUAAGCAUUCAAGCACACCUCUCCUGGCAACAUGUUUCAUGACUGAAUCAGAUUGCAAGGGAGUGUUCUAGCAUGACUUUGUACCACUAUUCAGAAGGAAUUCAGGGGUAGGACAUUCAUUUUGAGUUCAGUAAAACGCAAAUGAAAUGAAUUCAGGUACAGUGAUUUUCCCUUGAGGGUGUGUUUGAGAACAUGCAUAAAGUAGUAUCAACAGAGUUAUCUCCCUUUUAACCUGUUUGCUUUUCUGAAGGAAGGAAUGAUGAAAGUAUUAGUAAGGGAGAUAACCCUGUGGAAAGGCUAGUUUCAUGAAAAGAUCUUUGGUUCAAAUUGCCAGUAACAGUACAAUUAGGGUUGUUUUAACAUAUUCGUUGAAACCUGUAUAUCAAGAUGGGAAAUGUUUAGAGAAAUACUUGUUUGUGACUUCUUGAAACACAGAAAAGAACUGUUGAUUUGUUGGCUUAAGGAAACUGUGCCUGGGAAGAUUGAGGUUGAUGGACUGAGGCAUCCUUAAUUUGCCUAAAGACAAGAUGGUUGCCUGCAAUUGGGACUGUGUCAUUUAAGAGGAAUAAAUUCUUGUGACAUUGUGAAAUAGACUUGUACAGAACUUGUACAUUGUGAAUACUUGACUGAAGGAACAUUUCUUGGAAUUAUUUUUCAAGUGUGGCGAAGACUGUCGAUGGGAGUACUACCAGUGCAUGUGAUGUUGGAGUGCGUGAAGUCUGGAAACAAAUGUGUGCGUCGUCAACUAAUAGACAUGAAUUAUUACAUGUGUACUGCUCUGUUGUAGUUUCUACAUGAGGCAAAUGAUCAUUGAUGUGUGAUUCGGUGAGGUUGUCAUGUUGUUCGGAGUUAUGUCCCUUUGAGGUGUGUGGUCCAUUCUGUCCGAGAAAAUCUGUUUUUAGAAUCUGUGAAAGUGUGCUAGGAGAGUAUAGUCUGGUAUCUCCAAAAUUUAAUGUGUUUUUAAAAAUUAUUUAGUGCCAGUUUAUGACAAUGUUUUACAAAACUAUUUUGAAACCUGUAGCAACAUCACAUUCUUAAUCAUUCACUGAUUCAUGUGUUAACAUCUGGAUCGUGAUCUGUCCAUCAGAGACAAGACCGACCUGUAUUUAAUGCUAAGCUAUGGUAUGCAAGAAUGAAUGACGUUGUUCGUUGCCAUGGUUAUGUGUAAUGUGUGUGAGAUUUAGGCGCAAAUUGUGCCUGGGUUAUUGGUGUGCAUGUAUGAAUGAAUGUGCGAUUGACGGGUCAAUAAGAAUUAUGGACAUUUUUAAAUUCGUUGAUAGAAUCUGAAUGAAGGCUCGUCUUCGCAGUUUUCUUUGAUUUGAUUUUUUUUUAACUGUUGGCGAAGCAGAGAGACUGUUUGCUUGCUGACCAAGGAGUCAGCUGAUCAGUGGUUGUUUUUAAAUGGAAUAAAUCAUGUAUAAAGUGUU